CUUUGUGAAUGUGGCCCAGAUUGUAUGCAGAGGAAGGUGAAAGAAUUAUGAUAACCUCUCAUCAACGAUAAGACAAAAUCCAGAAACUUGUAAUAUCAUCCAAUCCUCUCACUCUUCUUCCUUAUUCUCUCACUUUCACUUUCACUUUCACUAUCUCUCUCCCUCUCUCUACCCGUCGACUUCACAUGGCUUCCACCGCAGCAACUGCAGCUCUUUCGAUCAUCAAAUCCACCGGUGGCGCCGCCGUUACCCGCUCCUCCCGCGCCUCCUUCUUACCCAUUCCAUCCACCGCUGUCUCCGCACGUCGCCUCGGCUUCUCCGCCUUCGUUGACUCGCGUUUCUCCGUCCACGUGGCCUCCAAGGUCCAGUCCGUGCGCGGAAAGGGCACCAGGGGAGUGAUUACGAUGGCGAAGAAGAGUGUUGGAGAUCUGACUUCUGCUGAUUUGAAGGGGAAGAAGGUGUUUGUUAGAGCUGAUCUCAAUGUACCUCUCGAUGACAAUCAAAAUAUCACUGACGACACUAGAAUCAGAGCCGCCAUUCCCACCAUUAAGUUUUUGAUUGAGAAUGGUGCUAAGGUCAUCCUCUCCACUCAUUUGGGAAGGCCAAAGGGUGUCACUCCAAAGUUCAGCUUGGCUCCUCUUGUUCCCAGAUUGUCAGAGCUCCUUGGUAUUGAGGUCGUGAAAGCUGAUGAUUGUAUUGGUCCACAAGUGGAAAGCUUGGUGGCUUCCCUUCCUGAAGGAGGAGUUUUGCUUCUUGAGAACGUGAGGUUUUACAAGGAGGAAGAGAAGAACGAACCUGAGUUUGCUAAGAAGCUUGCUUCUCUAGCUGACCUUUAUGUCAAUGAUGCUUUCGGGACUGCUCACAGAGCCCAUGCUUCAACAGAGGGAGUCACUAAGUUCUUGAAGCCAUCAGUUGCUGGUUUCCUUUUGCAAAAGGAGUUGGACUACCUUGUGGGUGCGGUUUCAAACCCAAAGAGACCAUUUGCUGCCAUUGUGGGAGGUUCAAAGGUCUCAUCUAAGAUUGGAGUUAUCGAAUCUCUUCUUGAGAAAUGUGACAUUCUUCUGCUUGGUGGUGGAAUGAUCUUUACAUUCUACAAGGCGCAAGGUCUUUCUGUUGGCUCUUCCCUUGUUGAAGAAGACAAGCUUGAAUUGGCUACAUCACUCCUUGCUAAGGCUAAGGCCAGAGGAGUCUCUCUGUUGUUACCAACAGAUGUUGUGAUUGCUGACAAGUUUGCUCCUGAUGCCAACAGCAAGAUUGUGCCAGCUUCAGCCAUUCCUGAUGGGUGGAUGGGAUUGGACAUCGGUCCAGACUCGGUGAAAACUUUCAACGAAGCUCUGGAUACCACACAGACAGUCAUUUGGAAUGGACCAAUGGGGGUUUUCGAGUUUGAAAAGUUUGCACAAGGAACUGAGGCGGUAGCGAAUAAACUAGCAGAGCUAAGUAAAAAGGGAGUGACAACGAUAAUAGGAGGAGGAGAUUCGGUGGCAGCAGUGGAGAAAGUGGGAGUAGCAGGAGUCAUGAGUCACAUCUCCACAGGUGGUGGAGCCAGUUUGGAGCUCUUGGAAGGCAAAGUGCUUCCCGGUGUGGUCGUGCUUGAUGAAGCAACGCCAGUCACCGUUUAACAAAAUUCUCUUUAUUAUUAUUACACCUGAAGGGACCUAAAUGAGUUUCUUCUUUUUCUGUUGUAAAUCUGUUAUUGUUGUACCACCAAUCCAUAGAGAGAGGAGAGACUCUUUUUGUCUCAAAUAAAAUUAAAAUCCAAUGACUUUCGUUA